CACCAACUACUAAAGUUUCAUUUUCCGUGUAACCAAACAAUCCCUUACGCGGAAAAGGGGGAAAAACAGGGUUUCUUGACCACUUUUGUUGAAUAACUGAAGUCUAGCUGGGAGAAGAUAAGAUCUUGCCAGAAACCCAGUUCUUAUCAUGCGGUUUUCGAGGUAUUUAGUUCUUUGAUCAUUUGAUUUAUUUAUUUAUUUAUUAAUUUUUGGAGAAUUCUGGGAGGUUUUUGUACCACAAUUAGAACCAUCUAUGUUGUUUUUCUCCUUAGAUUCGGUGAGAAAAAUCAUUACUUUCCAGUCUGAUUGACGAGCCCUGAUUGUUUCCCAGGAAACUUAGCCUUCCCUUUCCUGGGUUUCUCGUUUUGCUUCGUGUACUCUUGGUUCGGACCCUGUAGUAGUGUGGAUGUUAGGUUGUAGAUACCUUCCAUCUUGGAUCGUCCCAAUUUUCGCAUGCAUGGGAGCAGAGGUUGUUUUGGAUGCUUUGGUAAAGACCCAGUGAUUACUGCAGUGGAUGAGCCAUCAAAGGGGCUGAAAAUUCAAGGGCGACCUGUGAAGAAAUCCAGCAUUUCUGAGGAUUUCUGGGGCACUAGCACAGGUGAAAUGGACAAUAGUACAAUUCAGUCCCAGCGAAGCAUUUCUUCGAUCAGCAUAUCAAACCAGUCACUUGAUCCUUCUAGCAGCACAAGCAAUCCUUCUGAAUUUGUAAACCAUGGCCUUCUCCUUUGGAAUCAGACAAGGCAGCAAUGGCUAGCAAAUAAAAGGUCCGAGAGGCAGACAGAACUUCGACAGCCCGCCAUAAGUUGGAAGGCUACUUAUGAGAGUUUACUUGGAACUAAUAAGCCUUUCCCCCGGUCUGUACCUCUACCUGUAAGUUUACUCUGCCUCUACAUAGUUUUUUGCUUAUUAAUUACACUCAAUACAAUUUUCUUUUCCUUCAUCCUGCCGAAGUUUCUCCACACUGUGAAUGAGGUUCAAUCUGACAGGAAAUGGUGGAUUUCCUUGUUGAUGUCUGGGAGCAAGAGGGCUUAUAUGAUUAAUCGAGUACAAGGAAUAACCGAAAAAAGAAAAGAAAUAUGGAAACUCUUUUCCAGUAAUUCAUUUGUGGCAAUGUUACUAACUGUAUUAUACUUUUAUCUUCUUCUUUUGAAUCAUUCAACUCUGUUAUCCUUACAUUCAAACCUAUAAAUUUAGGACUCCUGGAUUGAUGGGAAAAAUGCAAAUAUUAUUGUUCUUGCACAUGGUCUAUUUGCAACUAGCUAGACCUUGUACCGACUAAACAGGCCUAUUACUAUAGCAGGCUCUGCCCUAGUGCCCUGUUCUAAGAUGUUGAUUUUUGGACUUUCCCAGGGAUUUUUGCCCCAUCUUUAGGAAACCUUGGGAAAUUUCUUCUGACACCGACCAACUUGUUCACAU